AUGAUUGAUGCGGACUCCGGCUGCGGUGACAUAGCCUUAAAGGACUCCGGCUGCGGCGACAUAGCCUUAAAGGACUCCGGCUGCAGUGACAUAGCCUUAAAGGAGUCCUGCUCCUGCUGCGGUGACAUCGCCUUAAAGGACUCCGGCUGCGGUGACAUAGCCUUAAAGGACUCUGGCUGCGGUGACAUAGCCUUAAAGGAUUCCGGCUGCGGUGACAUAGCCUUAAAGGACUCCCGCUGCUGCAUCAUAGCCUUAAAGGACUCCUGCUCUGGCGACAUGGCCUUAAAGGACUCCUGCGACAUAGCCUUAAAGGACUCCAGCUCCUGCUGCUGCGACAUAGCCUUAAAGGACUCCUGUGACAUAGCCUUAAAGGACUCCGGCUGCG